CCUUCUCAUCCCAAUUCAGACCCUUCAAAAGCCCACAUCACACUACGUUAGAAAGAAGAGCAUAGCAUAGUCGAAGCAAUGGCUUUAGGGUUUUUUGCUUGUUUAGCUUCAUUGGCUCUGUUUUUGGUGUUCGCAGAGGCCAGGAUUCCAGGUGUUUACACUGGUGGCUCCUGGCAGAGUGCUCAUGCUACUUUCUAUGGCGGCAAUGAUGCCUCUGGAACCAUGGGAGGUGCUUGCGGUUACGGGAACUUGUACAGCCAAGGCUACGGCGUGAACACUGCUGCACUAAGCACUGCGUUGUUCAACAAUGGCCUCAGCUGCGGUGCCUGCUUUGAAAUCAAGUGUGCGAACGAGCCUCAAUGGUGCCACUCUGGUAGUCCCUCCAUCUUCAUCACUGCCACUAACUUCUGCCCUCCCAAUUACGCCCUCCCCAACGACAAUGGCGGCUGGUGCAAUCCUCCUCGCCCCCACUUCGACCUCGCCAUGCCCAUGUUCCUCAAGAUUGCCGAGUACCGCGCCGGCAUUGUCCCCGUCUCCUUUCGCCGGGUUCCUUGCCGGAAACAGGGAGGGAUCAGGUUCACAAUCAACGGCUUCCGUUACUUCAACUUGGUUUUGAUCACAAACGUCGCAGGUGCAGGUGAUAUUGUGAAGGUGAGCGUGAAGGGGACGAAGACUGGGUGGAUGAGCCUGAGCCGUAACUGGGGUCAGAAUUGGCAGUCCAAUGCUGUUCUGUUUGGUCAGUCACUCUCGUUCAGGGUCACAGGGAGCGACCGACGCACCUCCACGUCGUGGAACGUCGUUCCGUCUGGCUGGCAAUUUGGUCAAACUUUUACCGGCAAGAAUUUCAGAGUCUGAAUUCUGAAUCAAGAAUGAUCAGUUUAAUGUUUUUCUUUUUAAAGUGUGGUCUUGGAAAGUUUUUUGAGUUCGAGGGUAGAAGGCAAGUGUAAUGAAUUUGUAAGCAGCUGAAGUGGCUGUUGCAAUUUGCAAGGAUGUAGCCCGCAGCCUUGUCUUUGUGUGACAUUAAUAUAAAAUAUAGUUAUAUAGUUAUCUAUUUACGUUA